AUGAUAAAUUUUGCAGAUAUCAUUUCAGCCACUCGUUCUUUACACAUUUGUUUUAUUGUUACUCAUAAUAUUGUCAUUUCUUCUAUCCUUUUCUCAAAUAUUUCUUGCAGUGAAUUUGAAGCUGUCUGGUCUGCCAUUGACAGGUCAUAGCCCCAAAGAAAAGAAACGAGAAUACAGUAGAUAUGGCUCAUGCAAGUGUGGCUUCUCUUAUGAGAACAAUAGAAUCACUAUUGACAUCCAAUUCGCCGAUGCAAUCUCUAAUCUGUGAUCACAGAGAAGAACUUUGCGCUCUUCAUGAAAAAGUUAAUUACCUGGAAGUAUUUGUCAAGAACUUUGAGAAAAACAAUGUUUCUGGAGAAAUGACGGAUUUUGAAGUAGAGGUAAAAGAAGUUGCACAUGCUGUUGAAUACACAAUUCAACUGAGACUAACAGAAACUGUACUGGGAGAAAAUAAAAGCAUCAUAGGAAUCAUUGGCUCAAGAUUUUUCAAAGGAAUCUUGAAUAUAUGGACACGCCGAAAGUUUCGUAAAAACCUUCAACAAUUAGAAAAGGACAUUGAUCAUGUCUGGAAAGAGUCAACAAAGAUUCAAGAUAAAGGCAAAGAAGUAUCAAAGGAAUCAUUUGUUCAUGAUUUUUCAAGUUCAACAAACGAUAUUCUGAAUGUUAACAAUAAUAUGGUUGGACGUGAUGAUCAAAAGGAACACUUAUUAGAAGAUCUGACUAUAAGCAACACUGGUGAACCCAAAGUCAUCCCGAUUGUUGGAAUGGGAGGCAUAGGUAAAACAACCUUAGCAAAAGAAGUUUACAAUAAUAAAUCAGUUCUACACCGUUUUGAUGUUCGUGCCUGGGCUACUGUAUCUCAACAGCACAACAUAAAGGAAAUUUUGUUGAGCCUUCUGCAAUCAACGAUCAAAAUGGAUGACACGGUUAGGACGAAAGGUGAAGCAGAGCUAGCAGACAUGCUGCAGAAAAGUUUAAAGAGAAAGAGGUACUUAAUUGUCUUGGAUGAUAUCUGGAGUUGUGAAGUGUGGGAUGGUGUGAGACGAUGCUUUCCAACUGAAUACAAUGCGGGGAUUCGAAUACUGUUGACUACCCGUAACAACGAAGUAGCUCGUUAUGCUGCUAUAGAGAAUCUUUCUAUUCAGAUGAACUUCAUGGAUCAAGAUGAGAGUUGGAGUCUUUUCAAAAGUGCAGCAUUUUCAAAUGAAGCAUUGUCAUCUGAGUUCGAGACCAUUGGGAAGAAAAUCGCAGAGAAAUGUCAUGGGUUACCACUAACUAUUGUCGUGGUUGCUGGACUUCUCAAGUCUAAAAGGGCAAUAGAAGGUUGGGGAAGUGUUGCCAAAGAUGUCACGUCAUUCAUAACAAAUGAUCCUGAUGAACAAUGUUCACAUGUGCUUGGGUUGAGUUACAAUCACUUGACUAGCAAUCUAAAAACAUGUCUUCUGCAUUUCGGAGUUUUUCCAGAAGACGGUGAGAUACCAGCGAAGAAAUUGAAGAGAACAUGGAUGGCUGAGGGGUUCCUGCAGUUGGAAAAUGAUUUGGAAGGAGAGGCUGAGAAGUGUUUGCAAGAGCUUGUCGAUAGAUGUCUAGUCCUCGUCUGCAAGAAAAGUCUAGAUGGAACAAAAAUUAGAUCAUGUAAGGUUCAUGAUCUAAUAUAUGACCUAUGCGUGAGAGAAAUUCAAAGGGAAAACAUUUUAAUCAUGAACGACAUUGUGCUUGACGUAUUAGAUUCAGGAUGUCUAUAUACCAGUAUGCAAAAAAUGCAGCCUUUUAAACGUGUGACUGGUGAUGAAAUUAAUGAUUGUUGUCGCUAUGGUCUUUAUAGGGCUCUUCUUACCCCUGUACAUCGUCAGUUGAGAGAUCAUGACAACAACGAUCUUUUUAAACGAACCCGUUCUAUUUUCUCUUUUCAUCUUAGGGAUUCAGAUUUUAUUCUCAAAUCACAGCUUAUUCAUUUCAAAUUACUCAAAGUCUUGGAGUUGAGACACAGAGAGAUUGAUAAUUUCCCUCUAGAGAUACUAAGCCUCAUCUGGUUGAGGUACCUAUCAUUGCUCUGCAGUGAGGAUUUAGACAUACCUCCAGAAAUUUGUAGGUUAUGGAAUCUGCAAACAUUCAUUGUUCAAUGGCGUCGACCAGUUGUAAUAACUUUUCCUGAGGAAAUUUGGGGACUAAUGCAAUUAAGGCAUCUUAAAUUGCGCAGAUUUUAUUUACCAGAUUGCCCAAGUGGAUCUGUUGACAAGGGAAGACAUUUGGAUUUUUCAAACUUACAAACUAUUUCUUACUUGUCUCCAUAUUGUUGCACGAAGGAGGUUAUUAUGGGGAUUCAGAAUGUCAAAGAAUUGGGAAUCAGUGGUGGAGAUGAGAUUGACUCUAAUAGUAUUCGGUACUCUGGGCUUCUCAACAAUCUUGUCCAUCUGCAGCAACUUGAAACAUUGAGUUUUAUAUAUUGCUUUCACCUUUUGCCAGCAAGUGCAAAAGCUUUUCCAGCAACGCUCAAGAAGCUGAAGUUGGAAAGAACUUGGCUAAGUUGGUCGUACUUGGACAUCAUAGCUGAAUUGCCUAACCUUGAGGUGCUGAAGCUGAUGGAUGACGCUUGUCGUGGAAGAGAAUGGCAUCCAAAUAUUAGGGGAUUUACUCGAUUGAAGGUUUUGUUAAUUAAAAAUAAUUAUCUCAAGUUCUGGGAAGCCACAAAUGACAAUUUUCCUGGCCUUGAGCGUCUCGUGCUUAAACUAUGCAUACAUUUGAAAGAGAUACCCAUUGAGUUUGCAGAAAUCCACACACUACAGCUGAUUCAGUUAACAAAGUGUCUUCCCGAACUUGGGGAAUCUGCAGAACGAAUUCAAAAAGAACAAGAAGACCUCGGAAACGACCCCGUGGAUGUUCGUAUAUCCGAUCCAUGUAAGUAUAUAUUUAUCAGGGUUACACUUUUCUCAUUUCCUCAAGUCAAGUCAUACACAAAAGUUAUUUAGUUGUGCCCCAUAUUCUUUCACAGAAAUAACGUCGACAAAAUUUAGUUAGAACUCUACUUAAAAUGUAAGAGUAAUUAACAAGAAUAUCCCUUAUAUUUGAGGAUAGUUCAAAAUGGCCCCUUAAAUAUAUUUUUGAGCAGUUCUAUUACUUUAGUUUAAGCUUGUUAAAUGUGAGAACAUUUGGUCUAGUUGUUAAAUCUUACGAAAGUGUGCAAAAAGAAAAAUUAAUAGGAACUCACAUUUCAAGGUGUUAUCUUUGCAUUUUUAUUGGUGUAGCUAGUAGCUUAAACUUGUUUUCCCCUUCUAAUAUUAUUUUGUUUAAUUAAUUUUAGAAAAUGUUUUAUUAGUUUCUACCGUUUUACUUAUUCUAUUCACUAUUACUGUUAAAUUACAAUAAAAAUAAUAAUGAAAAAUGAAGAGUAAGUCUUUGCUCUCUCUGUUGUCAUUGCACGAAUUUUAAGGCAUCGAUUGUAAUUGUAUAAAUAAAACAAACAAACAAAAAACAAACCCAGUGUAUUCCCACCUAGUGGGGUCUGGGGGGUAAGAUGUACGCAGUCCAUACCUCUACCUCUAAAGAAGUAGAAAGGCUGUUUCCGAUAGACCCUCGACUCAAGGCACGAGAUACCACACAAACACAUAGUAAAGCACAGAAGCAAAUUACAUAACAUAAAUACGGCACCCAUAAGUAAUAUAAAACAGAGGAAAGCAGAGGGAAGCACACAGAUUCGUAAUAAAACAUGGAACACGGAACACGGAAUCAUAACAGGAAUAAAACCCCCACCAAGUAAUUCCCUACACUAGCGACCCAAACUAGCCCUAGUCCUCUGCCCUAAUUCGCGUCCUCCAGACCUUCCUAUCUAGGGUCAUGUCCUCGGUGAGCUGUAACUGCUCCAUGUCCCGCCUAAUCACCUCACCCCAGUACUUCUUCGGCCUAUCCCUACCCCGCCUAAAACCAUUCAACGCUAGCCUCUCACACCUAAGGACCGGGGCAUCCAUGCCCCUCCUCUUCACGUGUCCGAACCAUCUCAGUCGGGCUUCCCACAAGUCCUUUUAUAUAAACAUCGCUCGAUGUGUCAGUACAACGCAUCCAAGACUUGUCCAUUUUCAAUGAGGUUUACUUGGAAUCAAUUCUUGUAUGAAAUAAUUAAAAUAUCAAGAAGUACAAACGAUCCAUAAUUUAGAGUCGGUGGAUUCAACAUGUUUGUCAAACUUUUAUAUGAUUCUCAUAUGUCCGUGUCUGCUCACAUGAAGUUAGAGUUGAAAGAUGUGAGUUCGGUUGAACACGCUCUAUAUCUGCUUUUGAAUAAUGUGACUCAUCGAACUUCUACUGACCCUUUAUGUUUCUUUCAAGGGAGGGAGUGGUUUUGAUUCAGAAGGAUAUCACUAAAGAAGAUCAAGAGCCGAGCGAUUGAACUCUCGGGACAGAUUUUAUUUGCCAGAUUGCCCAAGUGGAUCUGUUGACAAAGAAAGGCACUUGGAUUUUUCAAACUUACAAACUAUUUCAUACUUGUCUCCACGUUGUUGCACGAAGGAGGUUAUUUUGGGGAUUCAGAAUGUUAAAAAAUUAGAAAUCAGUGAAACCGGGGAUUUUGUCAUCCCAAGGUCAACUUAUUGGAGUUGUCAUCCCAUUUCUUUAAACUCGGAACUCUUUUUUUCAUAUAUACAACUUAUUUUGUGCAACGUGAUAGCAGACACAAUUUCUCUUUUCAAUCUCCAUUAAAGGUAUUGCAAUUUUCUUUACGCUUCAUCAAUGAGUUAUGCUUGAGAGAAGCAGAAACCCAAAACUUUUUGUUUAUCAGAAAUGAUAAAACAGAAACCGCUCCUCUUGUGGGCUGUCGAUUGACUAUCACCUUCUCUCAGUACUAAUUCCAAUUUAGAGCUUGGUCAUUUGAAUUUAAUUAGAGUCUUGGACUUGAGCUCGAUGUA